GGAAAGAGCUCGUGUGGCGGGGAGCAUCUCCCGGUUCCGCUGGGCUCCCUCACGGCUGGGUAGUACAGCAAUAGGAAUGACGGUGAACCCACCCCUGUGUUUUAGAGGAAAGAAGAUCCUGGCUCCAAUGGUGCGAGUGGGAACGUUGCCAAUGCGCCUUCUUGCUCUGGACUAUGGUGCUGAUAUCGUGUACUGUGAGGAGCUGAUUGACAUAAAGAUGCUGCAAUGUAAGAGGGUUAUAAAUGAAGUACUUGAAACGGUGGACUUUGUUGCACCUAAUGAAAGAGUUGUUUUCAGAACUUGUGAAAGGGAGAGGCAACGUGUCGUCUUUCAAAUGGGUUCAGCAGAUGCUGAGAGAGCCCUGGCAGUAGCUAAGCUUGUAGAGAGUGAUGUGGCUGGUAUUGAUAUCAACAUGGGAUGCCCAAAAGAAUACUCUACUAAGGGAGGGAUGGGAGCAGCACUGCUAUCUGAUCCUGACAAAAUAGAGUCUAUAUUGACUGCCCUUGUUAAAGGAGUUUGUAAACCGGUAACCUGCAAAAUCCGCAUUUUGCCCUCAGUUGAAGAUACUGUGAAUCUGGUGAAGAGAAUAGAAAAAACUGGUAUUGCUGCCAUUGCAGUCCAUGGGAGAAAUAAGGAGGAGAGGCCUCAGCACCCUGUGCACUGUGAUGUGAUCAAGGCCAUAUGUGAAGCCGUCUCCAUUCCAGUAAUAGCAAAUGGAGGAUCUCAUGACUUCAUCAAAGAAUAUAUGGACAUAGAGACCUUCCAGAAAGCAACAGCUGCCUCAUCAGUAAUGAUAGCUCGUGCUGCCAUGUGGAACCCAUCUAUCUUCAGAAAAGAGGGGUUUUUCCCCUUGAAGGAUGUCAUGCAAGAUUACCUUAAAUAUGCAGUGAGAUACGAUAAUCACUAUACCAACACAAAAUACUGUUUGUGUCAGAUGUUAAGAGAACAGUUGGAAACUGCUCAGGGUAAGAAGCUACAUGCUGCACAGUCCACACAGGAGAUCUGUGAAGUCUUUGAAAUGGGUGACUUCUAUGAAGAAACAAGAGCUAUUUUUGAAGCAAAGAAAAUGUCUUUAGAAACUGAGACACAAGAUGAAGAUGACCAAGUAGAUGAUCCAGAUGUAAUAAAAAUGACUGUUAGAUUUGACAAGCGAGAAUAUCCACCACAGAUUACUCCAAAAAUGUGUCUUCUGGAAUGGUGUAGGAAAGAAAAGCAUCCUCAGCCUGUUUAUGAAACUGUUCAAAGACCAUUGGAUAGGUUAUUCUGUUCAGUAGUGACAGUAGCUGAGCGAAAAUACCGAUCAACUCUAUGGGACAAGUCCAAGAAACUAGCAGAACAGGCUGCAGCUAUUGUCUGUCUGAGAACAUUGGGUGUUCCAGAGGGAAAGCUGUGUGAGGGAGAAAAUCACCUGAUUAACAAACGCAAGAAGGAAGACCAGGAGUGCUUGAAUAACAAAGACCAUGGAGAAGAUCUUGCUGAACCUUCCCAUAAAAAAGCUAAUUUUAUUGAAGAAACUUCUGACAGGAAUGUGCCUAAGAUGCCACGAUAGCAUGGAAAUUAGAGGUUUCAUGCCUAUGCAGCUACAAAUUAUCUCCUAUUUGUAUAUCUUGUUGUUCACAUUUCAUUUGGAUUUUCUCAGAGACAGAUGAAUUCCCCAGGUAUGAAAAAUGCCAAUGGGACGUUUACUGUUCACCACUCACUAUGUCCCUAUGGUGCCUUUCAGACAGGAUAAAUUAGGAACUUGAUUUUAAAGAACAUGGAGAAGAUUAUCCCUGUUAAUAAAUUUUUUUCAAAUAUCAGGUAUUUUCAAAGCAA